AUGGCCAGCUACCAACAAAAUGGGCAGCCUUACUACCCGUCGAGCAACCACCCUUCGUCCGGCCAGAACAGUGGCCAUGUCCCCUACGGCUCACAAUCCAUAUAUCCUCCCAGACCUCUCGAGCGUUCGUCCAGCUUCGACGCCGGAGACGACGAAAGGUACUUCGAUGGAGAAGAGCAGCCGCGGGGAGGACAGAGACACAAUUCGUAUGUUCCGCCGCCCACAGGAGCGGCAGCGAGCCCUCCAGUGAAUAGAACUAUGUCGGCGAGCGUCCAAUCUUCGGUCACGAUGCCAUUCCGGACAAACACUCAGCAUGCGCCAUUGAGCGGGUAUCAGCAUCAAUAUCAGGCUGCGGCGUCCGCUCACGCACCUUACAAUCCCGCUCAAUAUCACCAACAGCAGCAACAACAGGCCUCUUACAAUCCACAACUCUAUGCAGCCCCCCAGUCCGUCCAUCCUACAAGCACCUAUCAGCCGUAUGUUCCAGCUGCGUAUGGCGACCAGAACCUUGCUCGUCGCACCUCUGUCUACAACAGCUACGGGUCCUACGAUGCGAAUUCUCAGUAUAAUUACACUUCAUCCCAGCAAGCCCCGCCGCCUCCUCGGUCUGAAGCAGUCACAUUCCCCAAUCCACAAGCCUACGGUGCGUACCAGCACGACAUAUCCCAGCAGUACCCUGCCCAACAUUACGGCGCCUCAUCGACGUACUCUGCCCCGGCUCCUGUGCCCCCACCGCAUGGAAGGACGGCAAGUAUACCAGAAGAGGCAUAUCCCUACCCUACUGGCUCGUCGGCAACAUACCCAAACUCAACUCUGACCGCCUAUUCGUCUCCUGAUAUAAAUCGCAAUUCGUCGUUCGCGAGCCGCAUGAGCAAUCAAUCUGCGUCGCCUCAACCUACCCUCCCUACGCCGCCGAGCAGACAGCCUUCUAACAGGUCCCCUCAGCGUACGAGUACACUCGACCGUCAUCCUCAAGGCAGAUCGCUCCCAGGUCUCCCGUCGGAGCCGGAGUCGGAAAACGACUAUUUCAAUGCUACAGACUCGCGGCAUAGCGGAGCUCGCAACACUGCUUCAACAGGCUACGACGAUUUGAUGCAAGACCUUGACGAGGCGAUAGGUGAGACCUCCAGGCAUACAAGGUCAGGUAGCGACUUCAGACAUCGCAAUUCACGGGACUCACGACAAGAUGCUAUCUUCCAACAACCAUCGCCCAGACCCCAGCUUUCCCCAGACGAGGCGCCAACGCAUCUCAAUGGGAAUAUCGCCUCCACUGGAGACGCCUACAUCAACUAUGGAGCCUUUACGGACGACAGUGACGCUGAGGCUGCUGCCGGGCUGGCAGCAAUGCAAGCCUUGGACGAACAAGAAAGGGCAGAGGAUGCGCGCCGGCGUAGUGGGUCGGCCACCCUCUUUCCAAGCCAGCCACGUGCGGACGAAGCGGCUGCGAGACUUUCUUCCCAAGAGCAAAGCAGUGACAGUGAUUACGCAGGCUACGGUGACUUAAGUCUUGCUGGUGGGGGAUAUGCGCCUGACAUGGCUUAUGGCGAAUCUGUCAUGUCCAACUAUGCGGCUGCUGCAACAGCCAUGCCCCAAAGCGAGCUAUAUGGACGAUUGAACACGAGAAUGAGUUCAGUACGCAGCUCUGGUGUGUCCUCGGAGGGAAGGGAGUCGCAGACAAGCGGAUUUGAGUCGAUCCCGCCACUUGAAAGCGUCCAUCCCUUCUCUUCCACGCACAAUGUUGCUCGAGUGGACACUGGGGGCACGGGCGGACUGACAGAACCCAGUCCACACCCCAGGCGAUUGAGCUACGAAGACGGAGACGAAUCAACCAUGAUUGAGGCAGAAACUGGCCGGACUUCGGCAAGCUCAAGUCCAUCACGAGAAGAAAUGCCGGACCUGUUCUUCCAUCCUGGUAUGAGCCAGCAGCGUCCACUUCCGCCUCCUCCUUCGCUCUCAGACUCGGCGAUUCGAAUACCGCAUCUGAUGCCUGCUGGCACAUACACUCAACAAAGCCGAUUCUCCCAGUACACUGAUCCAAAUUCACGCGUGUAUCCCUCUGCCCCAGAUGCUUACUCCAGCACACUCCUUAGCCCGGCGAGCGUUCCUCGAUCUACUUCGCUGUCCAGUGCACGGAGUGCUCCUAGGGCCGAACAAGUUAACCGCUCGAAAACAGAUGCAGACCGUCAGAGGCUUCUGCGGCAGCAGGGGAGGCCGAUGUCUGACCUUUAUGACAUUGCCAGUCCACAGUCUGCGGUCGCACUGGAUCUUCCAUCAAUUCCACGGAAGCGAUACAACCCAUCCAAGCUGACGACUGAUCAAUUCAAGAAAUGUUCGGAACCUUGGGCGUUAAGUUCGAUUCUGGCGUGGAUCAGGGAGCUGGCUGAGGAAGAAGUCGAUUUGAAAGAGAACAAUAUUGUUGAAGGCAUUGUUGCGCUUUUUAUGAAUAAGGUGCCAACAAUGUACAUCACAGAGGCUGAAUCUUUGGGAGAACGGGUCGUUAAGGAAAUGUUGGACGCCAACGCUCUUGUCAGAGAAGAGGAAUGGGUCAAGUUCGGUCCUGGGACGAUGUCUGGCGUUCUAUAUCAGCUGACAGGCACCGGAUGUUACUCUUCGAAAUUGCAUCUGUACCAUACCCGUGGGCGAUGUUACUCUUACCACUGCAUGCGGACUCUCAAGAAACUCGAUCUCGACAGCCUGCCAGUUGAGAAGAAGUCUGAAGAUUGGGCUACAUUCUACAAGCUCAAGAAAGAGGAUGUCGAGACACACGACAAGAAAGAGAUUGAACGCCAAAACGUCCUCCACGAAAUUGUCACAAGUGAAGACCUUUACAUCAGCCAAUUGGAUGUACUCAGAAUCCUGUAUCGAGAUCGGCUUUCCGGCGCGCAACCGCCUAUCAUACCUACCAAAAAACUGCCGACUUUUCUGAGGGAGGUGUUUGGUGGCGUGGACAAGGUCAAGAAAGUCAACCAAGACUUCCUCCUGGGUCAGCUCAAAUACCGGCAGACUGAGCAAGGGCCCUGGAUUGUCGGCUUCAGCGACAUCUUCCGCGAAUGGAUUCGUAAAGCUAGGCCCGUAUAUGUGGAGUACGCUUCGAACUUUCCUCGAGCGGAUUACCUCAUGCGGCGCGAAGCCGAACGAAAUAUCCCCUUCAAAAACUUCCUUGACCAAGCUCGGGAAGACAAACGGUCGAACAGACUAGGAUGGGACAAUUACUUGAAGGCCCCAAUAACCAGGCUGCAGCGGUAUAGCCUGUUACUUUCUACUGUCCAAAAGAACAUGUUGAAAGACUCCGAGGAGAAGGCCAACUUGGCCUUUGCUCUGGAUGAGAUUCGAGCGGCCACUUUCGAAUGCGAUUCCAAGUUUGCGGAAAUGACCAAGAAGAUGGAGUUGAUCGAAAUGCAAACCAAACUGAGGCUUCGACCACCAAUGGAGAAGGAAGUUGAACUGAACCUCGAUCAUCUAGGGAGAGAAAUCAUCUUCCGGGGCGAGUUGCAGCGUGCUGGAGGUAAAGGCUUUCAAUGGGUCGAUACGCACGCUAUCCUUUUCGAUCACUACCUGGUCCUGGCGAAGCCUCUCAGUCGUGAUCGCAGGGAGGGAUAUUACGACGUCUCCAAAGUCCCGAUACCGAUGGAUUUGCUCGUCCUUGAGAGCUCCAACGACCCGGCAGUUGUGAAGUCCUCGAUGAAGGGGAUCGGAGCGGUCACCACAACUGUCGCACCCCGUGGCCAAGUAACCCCUGAUAACCGGCUUACGAGAGCGCAGUCUACUGCCAGCGGCGGCACUCCAGGUCCAUUGACACAUACAAAUACCAAUCUUUCGAUAGGAUCUGGCAAUGCAAGCCAGAGCAUGGUGCCCAUCACUACACUGGAGUCGGGCAGUUCCAAAGAGGAGAAGAUCAUGUACCCUUUCCGGGUCAAGCAUCUUGGCAAGACGGAAACGUACACGCUCUACGCGCCUAGUGCCCAAAAUCGGCAGGACUGGUGCGAGGCUAUCAUUCAAGCGAAAACGAGGCAUGCUGAGGCAUUGUAUUCUCAAAAUGCCGAACCGUUCAAGCUGCGAGUAUUGGCGGACACAGCAUUUGGCUAUGAGGGCCUUACGUACCCCGCGAAGCGGAUUCUGAUCAAGGGAACCCCCUUGGACAGGGCCAUUCGAGAAGCCGAGAAGAAAUUUGAAGGCCAGGGCCGACCGGCACCGGUCUGCCGAGCUCCUGUUAACUGUGCCACUGUGUUCAAUCAGCCAUACGGUCGGCUUAUGUGCGCCAUUGGGACCGACUACGGUGUGUACAUCUCCGAGUAUCAAAAUUCUCGGGGUUGGGUCAGGGCUAUUCAAAUGCAACGGGUGACUCAAAUCGCCGUACUAGAAGAGUUCAACCUCUUUUUGCUCAUUUCAGACAAGGCUCUUAUUGCCUACCAUCUCGACGUUGUUUGUCCACCCACGGGCAAUCCAGUUGCGCAAAAUGACUCAAGCCGAAAAGCUCCACAGAAGUUGUCCGGCUCCAAGGAUAUCGGCUUCUUCGUGACGGGCAGGAUGAAAGAGCGGACACUGGUGUUCUACAAGAAAAGGGAUGGCAUAGCGUCGACCUUCAAGGUCCUCGAACCUGUCCUUCAAAAGAGCACCACUAGCCGGUCGCGUUUCCUGCCAUCAGCGUCUCGGCGUGGGCAGACGGAAUUCUUCCGGGAAUAUGACGAGUUUUAUAUUCCCGCGGAAUGCUAUGGAUUGAAUUUGUUCCAGUCAAGCUUGGCAAUAUCGACAGCAAGAGGAGUGGAAGUAUUGACACUGGAGAAGAAGCAAACCUGGAGUGUGCCGAAUCUGCGAAGCGAACAGCCAGAGACACAAGCCCAUCUCAGUUCUAUUGCGACUCGGAUCAAAGACCUUAAACCUCUGGGGAUGUUUAGGCUUGGAGAAGCGGAAUUCUUGGUCACUUUCGAAGAAUGUGCAGUCUAUGUUAACAAACAUGGAGACAUUUCGAGGGGCGUGGUGAUGGAAUUCGUUGGUCGAGCGAAAGCAGCAUGUCUUUACAACCAGUAUCUGAUCUUGGUUGAUAACGACUUUGUGGAGAUACGCGACGCUCAAAACGGUCGGCUGAAGCAAGUGAUUGCAGGGAAAGACAUCAAAUUGCUCGACGACGGCGGCGGCGGCUCAGGAGCAGCUCAAACGCAGACCCAAGCUAUGUUAGGAGGAGGAAUCAAUGGACUCGGCCUCAAGAACUUUGCAAAUGCACCGCGGACGCCGAAGAUAGUCCUGCAACAUCCAGAGUACGAAAAGAGUCACGUCGUCGUCGAAUUGCUGUUGACUAGCGACGCGGCCUGA